AUGAUAGACCCUAGUCGCAAAGAGAAAAAGAAGCUGAACGUUUCAUUUUCUUCAGACACGAAAAACGAUAGCAGAGAUAGCAGCAGGAACGUCAGUUUUGAUCAUCCAACCUUUGAUACGUCAUUUGAUUCAGCCGUACUUCAAUAUUCGGCAGACAAUGGUUCCUGGGAUGGCAAUUUGUUCGCAAAUGACGAUCCGUUCCUGACAGAAACGGAUGCUAUGGAUCGAUUUUCACCGCAACAGAUAAGCCAGGUCAACGAGAGCGUCUCCAUCAAGAUUGAAGAACGACUGUCGAUAUUUUUUGAUCAAAUGUCGUCCUCACCCACAUGUCGAGUGGUUGGAAGCAUAGGGAUCAUUCCGAAACCGGACAUGCCAGAUGCAUUUUGCUUGACUGUACGCGACAAGCGAGGACACAUUGAACAGUAUGAACCCUCCAAAGUUUGCAGGAACGUAACAGGAAGUCUUGUGCAUCUAGCUCUCGAGCCAGAAGACCAAAUCUUUCAAAUAUCGUUGAACAAACCGGAAGCGAUGGAUGCUCCUCUGAUUAGAUAUUACUGUGUUCCUCAGUUGACACCAAUGCCAAUGCUGUUAAAAUCAAAGGUUCAAAGAACUGGAAUGCAAUGUCAAGUGGGAAUACGGAUUCGAGCAAAUCCAAAAAAUAAGAGGCCGCUCGAAAAAAUGGUGAUCAUGAUGGUGAUUCCGCCAGAUAUUAAUGGCAACUCUGCUGUCAUGUCUCGCAAAGGGGGGCUUUGGGAUGAUUUGAAACGAAUUCUUUCGUGGACAAACGACAAAUUACAUGCAGGGGAAUUUAUAGAUAUUCGUGCACAAUUUCAGUGUGCUGAUCUGGGAGCUGAAGCUACGACGACACUGCCGAUUUUGGUCCGGUGUGAUGGUCGCAGUUUGUUCAGUCGAAUAGAGUUCUCAACCGAAAACUCAGAUAACUCAACCAGGCCUGUGAAGCUUUAUGCCGACCAAAAAUCUAGAGUUUUGUAUCGAAAAGUAUAG